CCUCCUGAAAUAUAUAUGACAUUUAACUAGAAAUCACUUGGCGUGUCAGCAGGCUGUAAGAGGUAAUGUAAGAAGAUACACCUUAGUUAACUUGAUAAUGCUGGCCAAGCUCAGCGGGGUCACCUCCAGGCCUUUGUCCCGGUUCAACACUAAAUACCUUAGAUUAUAAAUGUAGUUUUGAGUUCUGUUUACUUUCUAAAAUCACUUGUGUCCAACCAUCAUAACCUAUAGGUAUGUUAAUCUUUUCACUAACAAAAAGAGCACUUUCAGCAACAUUCAUGUUUAAAGAAAACAUGCCUUUUUGACUCUGUUUGAGACUGCCCUGUUUCUGUUGUGGCUGAGAGAUGAGGGGUGGUUAAGUGUCCUUUAUUUACUACAAGUGAAGUAAACCUGUUCCUCGAGUCCCUGUUGAUGUCUAACCGUGGUUGCUCAUAAACAGUGUCCAGAUUACUCUUUGGAUGCGUCCAGAGAGGAGCACUUCUUCCUGCAGCUGUAAAAACAGCCUCCCUGCCAACAGGAACCAGCCAUGGCGAUGCGCCCACGUGCGUCCUCCCAGCCCGGAAUACUUUCCUUCUUCCAGAGUCCCAAGGUAGCUUCAGCCCUUCGACCGCGGGCCGUAUCCUCGCACUCGGGCUCCGUGCUGGAGGAGGAGCUGUCUUGUCCCGUCUGCUUUGACAUCUUCAAGGACCCCGUGGUGCUCAAGUGCAGCCACAGCUUCUGCCGAUCCUGCCUGCAGCAGUUCUGGAACAAGAAGAAGGCCAGACGCGAGUGUCCCAUCUGCAGGAGGAAGUGCUCGCUGACGGAGCCCACGGUCAGCCUGGCGCUGAAGAACGUGGCCGACACCUUCCUGAGGGAGCAGGACCGCAGGACGGCCGGAGCUGGCGCAGGGGAAGGAGCCGGCGGGGCGGGGGCGCAAGAAGGGAUGCUGGAGGUGAAGUGCGUCACACACGGGGAAGUUCUCAAGCUGUUCUGUCUGGACGACUUUGAAGCUCUCUGCUGUGUGUGUCACACCUCCAAGAAGCAUCAGGGACACAGUGUGUGUCCUUUGGAGGAGGGAGCGCAGGACUUUAAGGCAGAGCUGAAGGAAGAGCUGAUUCCUCUGAAGAAACACCUGUGUGGCCUGUAUGAAGCCAAGCAGGAGUGUGAUGACACAACUGUGCACAUCAAGAACCAGACUCAGGCCACAGAAAAGCAGAUCAGGGAGGAGUUUGAGCAGCUGCGGGGGUUUCUGCAGAAGGAAGAGACUGCUCGACUGGCUGCCCUGCAGCAGGAGGACGAGGAGAAGAAGGAGCUGCUGAGGAAGAAGUCCGAGAGCAUCGCGAGAGGCAUCCUCACCUUCUCGCACGCCGUCAUAGCCAUUGAGAAUGAGAUUGCUUCCAGUGAUGCUCUCUUCCUCAAGAAUUAUACCAACAUAAAGAAAAGAGCACAGAUCCAACAGAAUGAUCCAGAAAAAGUGUCGGGCGCUCUUAUAAAUGUGGCCAAGCAUGUCAGUUCCCUCAAGUACCAUGUGUGGGAGAAGAUGGCGGAGCUGGUUCAGUACACACCCAUCAGCCUGGACCCCAACACUGCCUACUCCUGGUUGUCCCUCUCUCCAGACCUGACCUGUGUCACCAACAGCGGAUGCCUCCAGAAGCUCCCGAACAACCCCGAACGUUUCGGCCACUUUGUGUUCCUGCUCGGCUCAGAGGGCUUUACUUCGGGCCGCCACGCCUGGGAGGUGGAGGUGGGCGACAAGGCGGACUGGAUGCUCGGAGUGGUCAAGGAGUCCAUCGACAGGAAAGGCCAGAUUUCUGGGUGUCCCGAGGGCGGGUUUUGGAUGAUCUCGCACUACGAGGGCGAGUACUCGGCCAUGACGAGGCCCAGCACCCCGCUGCAUCCUCAAGGUGAGCUGACCCGAGUCAGGGUGCAGCUGGACUACGACGCCGGAGAGGUGACCUUCUCCAACCCCGUCAGCAUGACGCCCAUCUACACCUUCACUGACUUCUUCACUGAGAAGAUGUACCCCUUCUUCUGCCCUGGAGCCAACAUCAACGGGAACAACCACAACCCGCUUAAGAUCUGCCCCGCCAAGGUGGCUGUGUGGAACAGUGCCUCUUGGUAAUUUGACUAAACAAACAAAAGAAAACUCAAAGUGUAUUUCAAAUUCAAGAAAUCACCA